CAGUAGAAUGUGAAAGUGCGCGUAGACGUUUAUAAAUUAUUGUAUAAAACCAAAAGAUUUGUUAAUUAAUUAAGUAAAUCGUAACUUUUUUGUAAGCUAAAUUUAAGCCAUGAGUCAUGGUACUCAGCUGGCAACAUUGCUCUGCGUAUUUGUAGUUUACGGAGUUGCAACACAAAGUGGUGCGUCCGCUCAACAUCUGAUUGCGUAUAUCUCGCAGCAUGGCUUGCAUGGUGAGAUUACCUUUCGCCAAGUGGAUGCUCAAAAUGUAGAGAUCAAGGCUAAUUUGGAGGCUACACUGCAGUAUCCGGAGCAGGUCUGGAGCUGGGCAGUGCGUCGCUUUCCUGUGGACUACACCAACAUAGAUGCGGAUGAGCGUUGUGAACUGGAACGCUUGGGCGCACAGAUCUUGAGCUUUGAUGAGCCGCUGGACUAUUUGGUGCUGCCUGGCAAUGAAAGCGCCACCUGGCGGCAUGAAAUGCAGCUCAUAGGCGAUCAGGGCAUCUGGGGCAAGUCGCUGGUGCUAACCGAAGUCAAUUCUCAGGCACGCAUUUGCGCCACGAUCACCACAGUGCAGAGUUCGGUGGAGCAUAUGGCUGAGGCACGUUUCGAUACGCCCAUUGCUGGCUCUGUUUACUUUCGCUGGCUGGCGCCAACAGAGGGCGCUAGUGGGGAUACGCUGAUCUACUCGGACCUGUUUCAUAUACAAGAGCAAACCGAUGGCAUUACAGCUCAACACAGCGCGCACUUUACCAAGCAUCACUGGAAGAUCUUUGUCACCGAUAUAUUCAAGCACGAUCAUCAUCGCACCGAGGACAAUUGCAACUUUUUGCAGUUGGUGUUUGAUCCGCAGGGCAGUGGCGCGGGUCAGGGAAUCGGUGAUCUGGAUACGCGUCUGGGCAACAUUGGCGUGGCCAAGAAUGCGCUGCGCAAGCCACAGCGUAGUGUCUAUCGUGAUGCGCAGCUGGCGCUGCUACCUUCCGACUUGACCAUACCACAUCGCACGCUCUACUUGGUGCUUUUUGACCAUCAGCAUCCGGAAGACUAUUUGGCCUGCACCAAGAUUAGACACGUGCAAACGCUGACAUACAAAACCUUCAUCAAUGCUGGUGGCGUGAAGGGCGAAGUGACAUUUCAACAGCGCUCCAAGUUCGAUCCAACCUUUCUCAACUUUACGCUCUCUACGCCUUCGGCGCAGCAUGUAAGCCGCAAGUUUGCUGAGGAUGUGGCAGCCUUUCGUCUACAUCGUCUGCCGCCUGCGCCGCAACGUGUUGGUCAAGCCGACUACUGCGAUACUACAGCAGAGCUCUAUAAUCCUCGCGAGCUGGCUCAGGAGCAUGUGCCGCCACCUGGCUAUGGCACGCAGGAGCAGUAUGCUUUGGGUGAUCUGACGGGCAAGCUGCAGGGUCGUAAUAAGCACUACUACCAUCAGUAUGUGCUGCCUGGCACUAGCUCCGAGCUCAGCGGUCUCUAUUGGGAUGUCUAUUUGCCGUUGCAGGGCCGGCACAGCAUUGCUCAACGUAGUUUGGUUAUCUACACGCACAAUCGUCAGGAUGUGCACAACAUUAGUCAAAGCAUUUGGGGCUGCGCUACAUUGAAUCAAUAUCAAAAGCAAGGACUGCAACAGCAGCCCAUGUUUACGGCUCAGGUGCUCUUUCGUUAUCCUGUCGUGGGUCGCGUCAUUCUGCGUCAGGCUGCUGAGCAGCCCUGGCAGGACACGCAUGUAAUCUUCGAGUAUCUUAUCCAAGCGGAUGGCUCCACGCAGAACAGCACCUUCGAGCACCGCUGGGGCAUACAUAGUAAUCCGCCUGGUAAGGAUUUCUACGACUGGCAGAAUCGGUGUCUUUCCGCUGGCCCAAUCUUUAAUCCCACCAAGUCCGAGUGGGGCAAUCGUAGCGUCGAGCAAUACUGUCGUCCUGAGUUGCCCGCCAUGUGUCCAUUGGGUGCGCUGGAUGCGCGUUUGGGCAGGCUUACCAUAGCGGGAGGCAAGCGCCAGGCCCGUCAGCUUAGCCGGCGCAUGUUCACCGAUGGCAAUCUGCCCUUGUCCGGGCGUCACAGCAUCUUGGGUAAGUCGCUCGUCAUCUACGAUGACAAUGGUCCUAAGGCGCGUGGUGAGCGCUUGGCUUGCUCCAGCGUCAUUGGUCACUAUAGACGCAAAGUGGUCGCCAAGGAGUGGUAUGCCAAUGGCGAUGAUGUGACUGUCAGCGGCAAAAUGGAGAUCACACAGCAGUCCGAGUAUGACAUAAGCAAUGUGGAGGUGCAGCUCAAGGGAUUGCAAGGCAACAGCGGCUAUCAUAUACACAUGACGCCUGUCGAGGCCAACUUGGCGUUUCCUUGCGAGGCAAGCACUCUCUAUGGCAUCUGGAAUCCAUUGGACGUUAAUGCCAAGUCAGCGCCACCGCCCAAGCAGGGCACAAGCGAUCAAUACGAAAUGGGCGAUCUGAGCGGCAAAUUCGGACGCCUCAAUGGACUGACGCAGUACGAGGAUGCCUAUAAUGACACCAAUCUGCCGCUCUUUGGCUAUAACAGCAUCAUUGGCCGCUCGGUGGUGAUACAAAAGCAGCGCAAAAAUGAGCGCUGGGCAUGCAGCACACUGGAGCGUGGCUAUAGUCCCAGCGAGGCACGUGAGCUGCGCGCCAUUGCCUCAUUUCAUCAUCCCACGGGCUAUGCCUAUGGUUAUAUAAGAAUGACCCAGCUAAUACACACCGAUGGCAGUCAGUCCGAGACGGUGAUUGAGGUGAAACUGCGUCAUCCGGGCAAGAAUGAUCGCAAUAGCACACGCAAUCACAAUUGGCAAAUCUUUGUGAAUCCCGUGGGCGUUGAUGCGGCGGUCAAGCCAACUGCCACACGUUGCGUGGCGGGCGGUUAUGUUUGGAAUCCUUACUACACACAGCUGGCGGAUCCUUUAAAUUUGGAUCUUUAUGAACAGGAGUGUGGUGCGGACAAUCCCCUACGCUGUUAUGUGGGCGAUGUGGGUGCGCGCCUUGGCACGAUAGAUCUUGGUGGUGAGCGUUCCAUGUUCACAGACUCAAACUUUCCACUCGAAUCACCUGUGGGUGCCAUUGGACGUUCUAUUGUUAUAUUUGGACCGGAUCAUUCGCACGAUCGCUUCGCCUGCGCCAACAUUGAGCCCGAUCACAAUGUCAUCAAGUACAUCAAUUUGCAGAAGCCACCACGUUUUGUUGUCGCACAAUUUCUGGAAGAGCUGCGCACUGUCAUGGGCAUACCCGAGUGGAUGUUGGACGUGGAUGCACGCAAGACCAAGGAGCUGCAUGGCGGUGCCUGCAUUCAAAUGAUUAUACACUUCAAGGGUCCGAUUGCGCAUCGUCUAGAGUUGGACAUGUCGCGUCUAAUAGCAGCAGGACGACUCGAUGCGCCCAGUCUGUAUGUACCCGGCUAUGUGAAUCAAAAGCGCAAGCCGACCAUCUCCUAUCGCACCUGUGGUGUGCGUGAUCCAAAUGAAAAGCGCAUGAAGAGCAACAAGAGUCGAUUCUUAACUAGUUCAGCUAAUACACUGCCAAAGUCGUCUUACCUUUUAGCCACGUUAGUCAUUAGCCUGGUUUGCAAUACACUUUUGUAUAUAUAAAAUAGUUUAUAACCUAAAAAUGCAUUAAACGC